AUGUCGAACAUCGCUUAUGUCAAAGGUAACAUCUUAAAAGCAACGUCAUAUCCUAGAAUCCUCAUUCAUUCUUGUAAUUGUAAUGGCUCCUGGGGCGGUGGGAUUGCUUAUCAACUUGCUUUGCGCUAUCCAAAGGCAGAAAAAGAUUACGUUGAAAUAUGCGAAAAACAUGGCUCUGCUUUAUUAGGCAAAUGCAUAUUACUUCCCAGUUACGAGAACUCAGAUCUGCUGAUUUGUUGUUUAUUUACAUCAUCGUUUGGUGGCUCAAGUCAUGGAGGAAAGCAAAGUAUUUUGAACUAUACAAAAUUGUCCUUAGAUAAAUUAAAAGCCUUCAGGGCUGCAGGAGGCAAAGCUGGAACAAAUGAAGAUAUAAUCAAUGAUUAUCUAGACGGCCACAUCAAAUACCCAGUGGGAGAAUAUAAACUGGAAAUGCCACAGAUUAAUAGUGGCAUAUUUGGAGUUCCUUGGAAGGAGACAGAGCGCGUGUUAGAAGAAUUCAAUGGCGAUAUGAAUUUUACUGUGUAUCAACUGUAG